AUGUUGACUCGUCGUGCUCUCGUUGUCCAAUCCCAAGGUGAAGUCCAAGUAGAGGAGAUCCCGUUGCCAACACUUAGAGAUGAAUAUAUCACCGUCAAAGUCAAAGCUGUAGCCCUAAAUCCUGGAGACUGGAAGAUGCUCUACGGGCCGCACGCCACACCUGGGUCCAUCCUGGGCUGCGACUACUCGGGAGUCGUCGAGAAGGUCGGCAGGGCCGUGAAUGCGCUCUUGACGCCUGGUGAUAGGGUUGCUGGCUUCGCGUUUGGGGGAUGCCCGUACAACCACGACGAAGGCGGAUUUGCCUCCUAUGUUACAGCAAAGGGCGAUAUCCAAGCGAAGCUCAGCGACAGCAUUUCUUUCGAGGACGCCGCCACCCUUGGUGUAGGCAUCACCACGGUCGGUCAAGCCAUGUACCAAGCCCUCGGCUUACCGCUCCCACCCGCGAUCAUUCAGGAAGCCGCCUCAAUACUUGUAUACGGCGCAUCAACUGCGACAGGAACUCUAGCUGUACAAUAUGCUAAACUUACUGGUCUCAAAGUCUUCGCGACAGCAUCCCCGCACAACUUCGACCUCCUGAAGAAGCUUGGCGCAGAUGAAGUUUUCGACUACAGGGACCCCGAAUGCGGAGCUAAGAUCCGUACCGUGACUAACGGCUUGCUUUCUCUCGUCUUCGACACUAUCUCUGAGGGCAGUUCGCCUGCUAUCUGCGCUGCUGCUAUGGGGGCGAAGGGAGGGAAAUACACUGCGCUGCUACCUAUCAAGAACUUCCCUCGAAGCGAUGUUAAGGUCACAACAAUACUUGGGUACACGGCGCUAGGCGUCAAAGUUAGUGAUCACCUCCCUGCCAACCAGAAGGACUUCGAGUUUAGCGCCAAAUUCUGGAAACUGAGCCAACAUCUUCUGGAGAAGGAGAAGAUCAAGACGCAUCCUGUAGAUGUUAGGCAGGGUGGCAUCGACGCUAUUCCCCAGGGUCUGCAGGAUCUGAAGAAUGGAAGAGUUAGUGGCGUCAAGUUGGUGUACAAGAUCGAUUAA